ACAAAUUCACACAAAAGAGAAGCCGUACCAGUCCAGUACUGAGGAGUGGAAGGAGAGCAUGCUCAUAGUUACUACUGAGGACACUGAGGUCAUAUCCUCUGUUUUUUGUUUAUUUGCUUUUUUUUGAUGUUUUUUUCCAUGGAGAAAAAUUACUUGUAAAUAUUGUUGUGUAUAAUGCUGAGCCUUAAGAAUUCAGUCAGAAUUAAGCUAAUUAAUUUAAUUUGGUGCAUAAACAGUGUAUUUUGCGAGGUGGUUAUGUAUUAGUUUUAAAAUAUAGUUUUCGAUAUGUUUGCAACCUGCUCACUAGGGUUUUCUUACAGUUCACAAGAACUCAAAUGCCUACAAUCCAUCCUGUCAUAAUGUUUCUGAAACAACACACAUAGCUACAACUUUACAGAAACAAGUGAGUGACACGAGAUGGUUUCAGAUGGAGAGACAGACAAUGGUGAAAUUGAAUUUAGGAGGUCGGCUGUUGUGUGACUGUACCAGAAGAAAAACUUUCACAAGUAAACAUAAUGGGGGAAAAAACUGCCCUAUCAUACCACAGCUACCAACCCAGGAAGGUGGAGGCUCUUGCCAAGUCAUCUGCCAGCCAGCCACAUCAUUUUGAACUGCUCCUCAUGCUGCAUCAGGGGCGGCAUAACACAGUCAGAAGAAAAUGAUCCAUCUGUUCCACAUGCCUGAACUCACAGAUGCCCAUGACUGGCUAGUGUCACUUUGAUUCGUAGGGGAGAGAGAGAAUGAAGCACAGCCAGUUUUGCUCUCUUGGACACCUAUCUUCAGAUGAUAGGGCAAACACUUCUCUGUUGUGCCACUAUGGAGCUAAAAUAGUGGUUUUUAAAUGGUAGAAUGCCCUUGAACUUUUUGUCAAAGCUAUCUGCAGCUUAGUCUAAGAGCUGAUGUUACCCAGACAAAUGCUAAUAGACAUAAAUGCAGAGUGUGUUAGAAUCAUCUGUUCACAAAGCAAGAUAAGUUCUUUAAUAAAGUAAUUUAUUUACAGUGGCAACAAGAAACACCUGUCAGUCACAUGUUCCAAUAUUUUUGAUCAAAAUGGGUGGGUUCAAACAAAAGUUGCCACGUUCUAAGUUGUUUAAGACCUCUACAUGUAAAUAUCAGGAAAUGAAAGCUGAAAUUCCUAUCACUUUUGUUAUAGCAGCUGUAAACAGUUGUUCCCUCACAACUCUCCUUUUUUUUUUUUUUUUGAAUUUAAUAAGGCAGAAAACACUCAGCUUGACUUUACAAAGUGCUGACACUGGAGACUUCUUCCAUAAAUGUUAAAUAAACAUCUCCUUACAGAAAUAACACCACUUUUUAUGUUUCUUUUUAGACUUAGAUUAUGUAGAUUGUCUGCGAUAUAGGUCCUUGUGAAUGAGCUGUUCCUUUAGAACUGAUAACGUAUUAGAACGAGUGCAUUAAUAUAAAUCUGCACUACUGUCAGAGCUGCUGUUAUAGAAAAGUAAUCAACACCUUCUGAUCAGUCUGACCUAACAGCACUGUGGUAUAAUAUAUUUUAACAUAUUUCUCAAAGACUCACAAGUCGUCAGGGAAAUCUUCUGGGUGGCCCCUAAGACGUUCUAGCAAACAGUCUUUGCUUUAGGAGGAAGUGAUAAGACUAUGUACAAGCAGACCUGACACCGAUUACACAUUUUCCACUUGGUCUCCGUACGUAACAUUGAAGUACACUGCUAUGCCUUAUCACUCAAAAUUAUGCAAAGAGAUCAUCAUGUCUUACCCCUGACCCCCCAGCCCCCAAUAAAUGUAAAAUAAAAUCUAGCAAUGCAUGUUUGGCUUGGCUAACAUUAGACAAGUUAAUAUCUAUUGAGGUUUAACCUCAUCCCCAGUAAAAACCAUGGGGAUGAAUUGGACCACUGACUAGGUUAAGACAAAGCAAAAAUGGUCAUUUUGUUUAGUAGCCAGUGGAAGAAAUUAUACUUAAGUGAAAGUAAAAGAAGUUGGUACUGUUAAAUGUGUUCAAGAAUUAUAAGGUAAAAAACAAAACAAAAGUUUUUAACUAAUGAAAUUAAGUCUUCACACCAGGCACACUGUUCAUGAACAUAAAUACUUCAUUCAGAAUCAGCAAUCGAAAUGAAUUCAUUCUAAUUAGUGGAAAUAUUUACAUGUAAACAUAGCUAGUUGCUCAUUUUUGACAUGUAAAUGUUAGUGUUUUUUAGUUAACAUGUCUAAACGCUCGCACAAAGGAUUUACGAUUAAAUCGAUUCUUAUCCAGCUUGAACACCUGAGGCCCAUUGUGAGACUAAAAAAAUAAAACCUUAAGGAAUCCUGUUUCGAGAAAUGCCACUAGUUUACAGCCUUCACUAUAUUUGAGAAAUUCUUUCUCUCACUGUAAAUGCUCAGUUUGAAGUCUGAUCUGGUUUUAGUUCACAUCUAUACAAUAUAUGUACCAAUUACAGCAGAACUGGGAAAGUGAGGGUAAAGGAAGAUCCAGGAGAAGGUAGGGUCAGAUAAAAACUGGUGUUUUCUAGUAGAGAAAGGCUACAUACGGAUUAGGAAUAAAGGUAAGUAUGUAAACCAGGCCAAUAGUAGUACUUAUAAAAACCUUUUAAAUAAACACUGCACAGAUGCCACCUGUUGCAUUCCUUAUUUUAACCUCUUCUUCUGCUUUAAUCUGCAUCUAACCUCCUUAGAGCUCCCGAUAUUAUUAAGACAGAACACAAUAAAGUAUAAUUACUAGUCUGUGAAUGCCAAAGUGGUUUAAACUCAACAUUAUAUAUGAUAACAAAGCUCAGCAUGAGGUGGUGUUAUAAAUAUCAGGGAUGUGCAAUCCGUUUCAGAAGUUGAUUUGGAGCUUAUUAUUCCAGGUGAAUCACAACUUUUGAAUUUUUAGCACACUUUUAGACUUAUUAAACAGAACAUAGGGAAAUUUGAGGAGAUCAAAUUUGCUUUUCAUUCCAGCAGGUGGCAGUAAAUCAUCUUUCAGCUGUGAAAUCAUCUUAAAUCGUAGAAGAGCUGCAGCUAAUCAUCUCUGCAUGCAUCCACUCCUGCAUGCAUGUUUACAGUACAGUAGUAAAUCUGAUCUAGUAACAGCAUUUGAAGAGGAUAAAUGCACUGAGCUUUAAAUCCUGAGAGAUCGAUAAGAACAUGCUGUCCACAAGACACUUCAGAGGUCACCAAAAGUCUUCUGGUACAGCUUCUCCUACCUCCCCUCAUGUACAAAUAAAGACAGAGCUUCACCACUGUUCAGAUUGUGGGAAGAGUUUUACGUACCUGAGUAGUCUUCAGAAACACCAGCGCAGACACACAGGAGAGAAGCCCUACGACUGCUCGCAGUGUGGAAAGCGUUUUAAUCGACUCAGUAAUUUCAAACGACACCAACAAAUCCACACAGGAGAAAAGCCGUAUAAUUGCUUGCAGUGUGGAAAGAGUUUUACUCAACUCUGUUAUUUUAAAGAACACCAACGAAUUCACACCGGAGAGAAACCAUUUAUUUGCUUACAGUGUGGAAACAGCUUUACUCAGUCAAGUACUCUGCGGAGACACCAGCGCAUUCACACCGGAGAGAAGCCGUAUCACUGCUCACAAUGUGGAAAGAGUUUCACUCGGUUCAGUAGUUUCAAAAAACACCAACAUAUUCACACAGGAGAGAAACCGUUUAUCUGCUUACAGUGUGGGAGCAGAUUUACUCACCUGAGUAAUCUCAAAACACACCAACGCAUCCACACAGGAGAGAGGCCGUAUCACUGCUCACAGUGUGGAAAGCAUUUCACUCGACUCAGUAGUUUCAAACAACACCAACAAAUUCACACAGGAGAGAAACCAUUUAUCUGCUUACAGUGUGGGAGAAGAUUUACUCACUGUGGUACUCUCAAAACACACCAACGCAUCCAUACGGGAGAGAAGCCCUAUCACUGUUCACAUUGUGGAAAGAGUUUUGCUCACAUGAAUAAUUUCCAGCGGCACCAAGGAAUUCACACAGGACAGAAACCCUAUAAUUGCUCACAGUGUGGAAAGAGUUUUAAUCUAGAGCGUAAUCUCCAAGAUCACCAGCGCAUUCACACAAGAGAGAAGCUGUAUCACUGCUCACCCUGUGGAAAGAAUUUCACUCGACGCAGUAAUUUCGAACAACACCAACGAAUUCACACAGGAGAAAAACCAUUUAUCUGCUUACAGUGUGGACGAGGUUUUACUCAGCGAGGCACUCUUAAAACACACCAAAGGAUCCAUACAGGAGAGAAGCCUUAUCACUGCUCACAUUGUGGAAAGAGUUUUGCCCAUAUGAGUACUUUCCAGCGCCACCAAGGAAGUCACACAUGAUAGAAACCGUUGCUCAUAAAGUGGGAAGAGUUUUAAUCUAGAGACAACCUCCAAGAGCACCAGUGCAUUCACACAGGAGAGAAACGUAUCAGUGUUCACAGUGUAGGAAGAGUUUCAAUUACAGGAUGGCUCUCAACAGAUUAUUGUUUACAGUUUGGGAAGAAGUUUACUCAUGCAAGUACUCUCCAAAGGACACCAGAGCAUGCACAUGGGACAGCAUGGGAAGAGCCUUGUCCGACUGAAUCAUGUCCAACAUCACCAGUAUUCACUAUGUAAAAUUGCUUACAUUGUCAACAGAAAUGUAAAAUAAUUUUAAAACACAUAGAUGUGCUAACAUAGAGCCAUCAGUGUUUGACAUAUAAAUGCAGCAAUACAGGAAUUAUUUUUUUCCUGCCCUUGUUGUGUUAAAAUACAGUCAGAACCAUAAAUAUUUGGACACUGAUAAAGUUAUUGUUAUUUUAGCUGUCUAUCACAGUACAUUGAAGUUGAAAUUAAAUAAUGAAUAUAAGCUUGACAGCAGAGGUUCAGCUUUAAUUUUAGGGUAUUUACAUCCAAAUCAGGUGAACAGUGUAGGAGUUAAAGCACACAGUAAACAUGUUGUCCCCCUUGAUUAAGGGACCAAAAGUAAUUGGACAAAGUAAUAUAAUCAUCAAUUAAAAUUGUCAUUUUUAAUACUUGGUUGCAAAUCCUUUACAGUCAAUGAAAGCAAACAGUCUGGGACAAUACCAUCAAGGAAAAUUAUAGCAUGCCAAAUCAUUGUCACUUUUGGCCUAUUCCAAAUUUAUCACAAAUACUGUUUAUAAAUUUAUAGAAACUACUAUAUUAUCUUGAAUUGGUGAUGGCUAGUGGGUAUGAUUGGAUGAUGGUUAUAAUGAUGGUUAAUCUUGGAAGGAAAUCCUGGAAAAAACACGUUUGUUUAAAUGUGUUUUUUAGUCUCAUUUUAUUGGCUACCUGGAUUUAACCAAUUAGUAUCAUGCAUUUUCCCAUUUCUGGUUGAAAGCUAGCCAGCUAGCUACACUCUGAGCUUAAGGAUAAUGAUGAUGUUCUGGGACCUCAUGUAUAAAUCUUUUUGUGGAUUCCAGAGUGAAAAAAAUAAAAAUCAGAUUUAUAAAGCCUUGGUUACACACACCUACAUGCUGUUUCAGCUUUGUAAAUCACAGUCUUCUUGAAAAUAUGCACAUGUGAAAAAACUCUUCUUCUGCCCUGGUUACUGUCAACUAAUAUCCAUAAAUGGUCAAUGGAAAUUAUCAUAAUGUUUAAAUAUGGAGUGUCCCAUACAAGAAUUCUGAUGUACCGACUUGUCAGUUUAAUUAUGCCAACCAAUAUAGCUGGCAUGAUGGAGUUUAAGGAUGGCUGGGAUUUCCCUGACUCAUCCAAGGGUUGUUAAGACCUAUAAUUGGUUACAUAAGUAGUGCAUGUUGGUCUCUCUGAUCCUGGGACCAACUCAGCACAUAGUGCCAAGAGAAUGGCCCUGGGAAAUUUAAUUCAGCUCAUUAGCCGGACAUCAUGGCAAGGAAAUCUUUGUGGUGUCUAAAAACACGUUCUCGCUGUAUUGUUUGGUUGGCAUGGUC